AUGAGAGUUCGAAGGUUACAAUCUUAUUUAACAGAAAAUAAUUUGUUAAAGAAAAGUUCUCUUGAGAACAUAAAAAACUUAAGAUUAGGAAUAGAUGCAUUAUAUUUUUUAAGAAUAUGUAGUGAUUUAAAGGAUAUAUUAAGUGAUGUAUCUGGUUGUAUAUCUCCUUGUAUUUUUCAUAUGAUAGAUAAACAAUGUGAGUAUUUUAAAAAAUGGGAUAUAAAGGUUAUAUUCAUUUUUGACGGCAUAACACCUAAAGGACAUAAAUUAUUUUCAGCAUAUUAUCAUCAAUAUAUAGAUGAGGGAUGGAUAUAUUAUGUUAAUAAUGAAAAGAAGUUAUCACAUAAAUCAUUUAGUGAGGUGUCUAAUAUAUGUAGUACUGAUAUAUCCUUUUUGUUAUUUCAUUAUUUAAAAUAUAAAGGAUAUGAAUGUAUAUAUGCUCCAUAUUUAGCUAUAUCUCAACUAGCUUAUUUUCUUGAAAUUAAUUUAGUAGAUAUAGUUUUUGGUCCUCCAACAUUAGGAUUACAUAAUGCUACUAAAAUAAUAUUAAAUAUUGUAUGGAAAAAAAACUAUUUUGAAUGGAUAGACAUAUUAUAUUUAUUAAAAAUGUGGAAUAUAAAUAAAGAACAAUUUAUUGAUGCAUGUUUAUUAGCAGGUACAGAAUACUGUUUAACAUUUCCUUAUUUAAAUUUAUCUCAUUUUAAUAAUGGAUAUAAACAAUUUAAUUUUGGCACAUCUAUUGAAUUUAUUAAACAAUCCCCUUUAAUAUCUUACUUACAACAUUUUCCAAAUGAAGAAUUAAGAAAGAGUCAUAUGAAUGGUUACUGUUUGUGUAAAUCAAUGUUAAAGUAUCCUCUUGUUUUUUUAUGCACAGGUCAGGUCAAUUGUUUUUUUUUUCAUUCUAACAAAGAUCAAAAGGGUUUACCAAAAAAAUGUGAUACGAAUACUUUGAAGGUAAAUAUAGGAUCUAAUGAAGAUGGUGAUCAUAUGGAUAAUGCUUCUAUAAGAAAAAAAAAAAUAAUUAAUAAAAAGGAUAUCAUUUCAACAGUUGAUGAACAGAGUAAUAGCAGUGAUCGUAGUGUAUAUAAUAAUAAAAGUAGUUAUGAAAAAGAUGAGAGAGAUAAAAUUUUUAAUAACAAAUGUAAGGGUACCACAAAGAAUAUCAGUACAAAUGAUUGUAUUAAGUUAUCGAAUGAUACCUAUUUAAAAUGUGAUAAAAUGCUAGAUAAAAGGGAGGUAGACAAUGAAAAAAAUUAUCAUAAUUCAAAAUUUUCAUCUGAUUCUUAUUGUGAGGGAGAUAAAAAUGAGGACACAGCUCAACAUCAUGAGGUAGCAAAAGAAAAAUGUAAAUACAAAAAUUCCAAAUUAAUAUAUGAACAUAAUAGUGAUAAUUGUAAAGGCAGAAAUGAAACGAUUGAGGAGACUGUUAUGGAUGAUUCUACUAAACAUAUGAAGGAUAUAUAUUCAAAAGAGUAUUAUAAAGAAAAUGAUAUAUAUAAAAAAAAGAAUCAUAAUAAUGAGAAACAACAUAUAUCCAAAUUAGUACCUAAAGAUUAUAUAAAAGUAGUAGGAGCAAAAUUUCCUACAUGUGUUUAUUAUUUAAUGUCUAUAGGUUUAUUAAGUAAGAAGUUGUUAUGUGUACUAGCUAUGGGUGAAUGGAUUGACUAUAGUCAUCCUAUUAUAGAUUCCUUUGAAUAUAGGGAUACAUUAAUUGAUUUGAGAGAAUAUAGAUGUAGAAUAUUAGGACUAGUAUCCAUAAAAUUGAAUCCCUUCUUUUAUAAAAGGAAAAUAAAGUUUUAUGAUUAUGGUUAUUAUAUUAAUAAUAUAAUGGAUAAAGAUAACAAGGCGACAUAUUUCAAUAUUGUUUUUAAUGACAAUUUUUUAUGGAAAAUAAAUAAAGAUAAUGUUAAUGAAGAAAUGAAUAGACAAAAUGUUAAGAAUAUAGAUUUACAAUUUGUGUUAAGAUGGCAUUUAUAUAGUGAGAGUAAAUCUAUAUCUUUGAUAAGGAAAAGGUGUGAAGGAUAUGAUGAAGAUAUAACGGAAAGAAAAGCUAGUAAUAGUAAAGAAAAGGAUAUAUAUGAAAUGGAACGUGGUAAUAACAAGAGUGUUGAUAAUAAUAGAAGUGAUGACAAUAAUAGAAGUUAUGAUAAUGAUAAGUGUGAUGAUAAUGAUCACAGUGUUUAUAAUAAUAACAGUGAUGACAACAAUCGCUGUCAUGACAAUAAUCGAAGUGAUGACAAUAAUCGAAGUGAUGAUAAUAAUCACAGUGAUGACAAAAAAAAUGAGCCAUCUAAUAAUAGCGAUUAUUCUAGCAAUAAUGUUAACAAUUAUGAAGAUGACGAUUAUAAUAAUCAUAGUGAUAAUUUUAAAAAGUCUAAUGAACGUACUAAGAUAAAGGAAAAAUAUAUGCCUUAUAAUAAAGAAAUGAUAUAUAAAUAUAAUACUUAUUAUAAAAACAUUUUAACAAGAAAUAAUCAAAAUUUUCAUAGUUUUUUAUGUCUUGUAUAUUUUAUGUUUCUAGAAAAUUUAGAUAUAUUCACAAAAAAUUGUGGUGUUACAUUAUUUGGACUUUUAUUAUCAGAAGUAAAAAAUAAAAAUAUUGAUAGUAAUAUUCUAAUUAUAUUUGAAUUAUUUAAAUUUGGAUUUUUAACAACAGAAGCUUUAUUACCACCUGAUGGGAAAUCAUAUCCUGAAAAUGCUUAUGCUUCCAUUCAAAAUAAUAAAAAAUUAGAUGACCAAGAUAAAAAGAGUGUUCUUUUAUUAUCACGUAUUUAUUCUUUAUAUAAUUCAAAUAUAGAUCAUAGUAGAACAUAUGAAGGUUUAAUCGAUUUUGAUUUAUGUGCUUUUUUUGCAGUUGUAAAAAUUAUUAAAAAAACAUUAAGACAAUUACUUCAGGCAUGUGUAACUAAUGUGUUAUUAACUAAUAUGGAAUUAAUACAUAUAUUACCAGAAAAUUUAUAUAAUCCAUUUGAUAUACAUAUGUGUGGAUUUUUUGUAACAAAUAAUUUUAUGGGUGUUCUAACAAAAUAUUUUCUACUAUUUGACUUUGAUGAUAUACAAAUCGAAAAUACAUCCCUCAAACAUACAGCUGAUAAAAAAAUGGAAUCAAAUAAAAUAAAUAAUGAAAUUGAGACAAUAAAUGAUCAUAUUUUAAAAGAUAAAUUCGAAAGGAAAAAAGAAACUGAACAGUUAUCAAAAAAUAAUGAUUUCAAGGGUUAUGAUAUGUCAACAAAUAAUCAUAUAAACAAAGCACAACAAAAUAAAAAAAAUAAUGAUCAUAUAAAUAUAAAAGAAAUGAAUGAUAAAUUUUAUAAGAAGGAACAACCGGAAGAUAAAUAUAUGAAGGUGGAUAAAAAUCAGAAAUAUGGUAUUAAUAAAAAAGAGCACGAGGAAAAAAAGUCUUUAAUAGAACUAGAAAAUAAUGACAAGAAUAUAAUAUAUAAAGAAAAUUAUAAUGAAAGUGAUAAUAAUUCUUAUGUUUACAAUGAUGAAUAUAAUUUAUCUGAUAAUUCAAACACUAAUAAUUGUGAAGCUACUUAUAAAAAGCAUGAAAAUAAUUUAGAUCUUAAAAAAAAGGAAGAAUAUAAAACAUAUAAAGAAAAUUCUGAAACACACAUAAAUGAUAAUUCACAAAAUAACUUCCACGUAUUUGAAAAGGCUAUAAGGAAAGAAUUCCCAAGCUUUUUGAAUCCUAUUAAUGAUUUGUGUAAUGCAAUAAAUACAUGGAGAGAUCACUUAUGCUUAAUAACUCAACUAGAAAAACAUACAAAUGUAUAUGAUCUUGUUUCUGAUUUAAAAGCUGCAGAUAAUUUUUUAGAAGAAAAAAUACGCUAUAUAGGACUUGAUAAAUCACAAACAUAUAAUCGUAUAUGUUUAUCUAAUAAUAAAUAG